AUGACGACACACAAGAUUGAGAACGCCGAAUUCACAGUUUUGACAGUCAAGAAACGCCGACAGUGCACUCUUGAUGAUGUGUUGAACUACGGGGCACAGUUUGUGUCAUUUUUUAACGAGUGUCUGAAUGCAUUUACUGGUUUGACGCGCCUCUACAUGGAGAAUUUGAGAUUUGUUGAAUCUGACUUCGUCUCCAACAUCUUCGUCACUUGCAAGCGAUUAAACUACUUAGGUUUUCUCAAUUGCGACACACAGAAGCGUUUAACACUCCAGGUUGAACACGCUCAGCUCAGUGAGCUCAGUAUGGUCAACUGCCGUUUUUACAAAGUCGAACUCAAGUGGCUCCCAAGACUCACCCGGACAACGUUCACAUGUUGGAUGGAUUUCGAAGAACUACCACUGUCAUUUGGUCAUGUCCCACUGCUCGAGUUUUUGAACCUCACAAAUGUUGGUCUUAGUCGGCACAAAAUGGUCAUGUUAAGUACAUUACUUUGUGAGACACACAUACAAGAACUGCGGUUGGGGUUUAAAUGCGAAAAGAUUUGGGUUCAACCAGAGUGUCUGAGCGAAAGGCUGGCAUCUGCGUUCCACAGACUAAGGAUUGUCAGUCUAGUUUGCAUUCCUGAAGGGUCUGAUCUCAAGUGGACAAAUUUCAUUCUGGAAGCUGCGCCAUCACUUGAAGAGUUGUACAUGUCGGUAAUUGAUCAUCCGUGUGAAAUGAUAAUUGAUCCGAAAAUGAGGAUGGAACUCUCGCUUAGCGAGAACAAGGGCGUCGAGUGGGAAUCACCUAGACCACAUUUCAAGCACCGCCGCCUUGCCAAGCUCGUCAUCUUUUGCUUUGUAAAUUACAUGGUGAGUUAUGUCAGGCGUGUCAUGAUAGCAGCGGUGAAUCUGAAGGAUGUGUACCUGUAUGAUAGACUGGCAUGUAGCAAGUGCAAACACAUGGCCGUUUUUAAGCCUGGUAGGCUUCCACGGGCAAAGAAGAAGUUGAAAGCGAUGAAGAAGCUGUUGGCCCAGGGCAUCGAGUCAGCUCCCAGAAUUCACUUGCAGACCCAUUCUGAAAUGGACGCUGACCAUGCUGCAAGGAUUAAAGACUACUUAUGUUCAUGA